AUGUCUUUCCCCCAGCUGGGCUACCAGUAUAUCAGGCCGAUUUACCCCUCUGAGCGCCAGGGGAGCGGCAGCGCUCGAAGCGGGACAGAGCUCACCCCGUCCGGUACUCUCUCCAAUGUUUUAUCCUCCAUGUACGGAGCGCCUUACGCCGCCGCCGCGGCAGCUCAAGGAUAUGGUGCUUUCCUGCCCUACACCGCCGAGCUCCCCAUCUUCCCGCAGCUGGGUGCCCAGUACGAGCUGAAGGACAGCCCCGGCGUCCAGCACCCGGCCUUCCCUCACCACCACCCCGCUUUCUACCCCUAUGGGCAGUACCAGUUCGGGGACCCGUCCCGGCCCAAGAACGCCACCCGGGAGAGCACCAGCACCCUCAAGGCCUGGCUGAACGAGCACCGCAAGAACCCCUACCCCACCAAGGGCGAGAAGAUCAUGCUGGCCAUCAUCACCAAAAUGACCCUCACCCAGGUCUCCACCUGGUUCGCCAACGCCCGGCGGCGGCUCAAAAAGGAGAAUAAAAUGACCUGGGCGCCCCGCAGCCGGACGGACGAGGAGGGCAACUCCUACGGGAGCGACCACGAGGGGGAAGAGGACAAGCGGGAGGACGAGGAGGAGAUCGACCUGGAGAACAUCGACACGGAGCACAUGGAGAGCCACAAGGACGAGCUGGAGGAGGACCCCGACCUGCUGCACUCCGACUCCAAGACGGACUCGGAAGGCUCCGAGGGCUUCGAGGACUUGCCCGGCUCCGAGGAGCGCUUCCUCAAGGCCAUGGAGGGGGAGCGCCCCCACCCGCCCGCCGGGGGGCUGGAGCCCCUCAAGCUGCCCCACCAGCAGCACCGCCUCUCCCCGCCUGCCCCGGCCUCGCCCCCGACGGAGGGCAGCUUAGCCAGCGCGGGGCAGAAGCCCAAGAUCUGGUCCCUGGCUGAGACGGCCACCAGCCCGGACAACCCCCGCAAGUCCCCCGGGGGCGGCAGCGGCUGCUCCCCCCCAGCGGCGGCCCCCCAGAGCCUGCCGCUGGCUCCGCCUCCGCCCCACAGACUCGUCUCCUCCUGUCCGCUGGGCAAGUUUCCCAACUGGACCAGCCGGGCUUUCUCGGCCCACCACCACCACCCGCACCCGCUCACCUUACUGAACACUCCCCACCUGCUGGGACUCGGGGCCACCCCCGGCGCAGCCUCCAGUGCUGCAGCCAUCGCUGCCUUCUCCAGACCCGCCGACCAGGCUCAGAGCACGGACUCCGCUGGAACAGAUCGAUCUAGUGCCUUGGAAGUAGAGAAAAAGUUAAUAAAGACAGCUUUCCAGCCAGUUCAGAGGCGGCCCCAGAACCAACUUGAUGCAGCUAUGGUUCUAUCAGCGUUGUCAUCAUCAUAG